AGCCAGCCGAAACACCACGCUCCGGCACCUCUCGCUCAAAAAACCCCCUUCUGCUGCUGCAAAUCGACUCCUAUUUUGUCCUCAAAAUCUUUUCCCCCAAAUUUAUUUUUACCCGCGAAAAUUAGGUUUUGCGCGAUUUUAUUUUCCUUUAUUCAAAAUUUUAAAAACUCCGAGGAAACUCCCAGAUCUCCCUCUCUCUAUAUCUCUCUAGGGUUUUCUCUCUCUCCUCUCUCUUUCACGCUGAGGAUGGAUGCGGCGGCGACGAAUCUCGAAUCCGUCGAAGCGACUCCGGCAACUAAACAAAAUAGCGAUGCAGAGGAGAACGGAGAGGGAGAAUCCGCCGCACCUCCUCCGCCACCACCGUCGAAGAAGCCGCGAUUCGACGAGGAAGUGAACAGAGUGGCCGAGAUCGUGCUCGUCUUAUCCGCACUGCGGAGGAUCCGAGGAGGGAAGCCCCCGACGGAACUGGAGAUUGAGCUGAUGGUCGAAGCUAAAUCGAAGCUGGUGGACAUGUGUCAAGAGUUUUCUCCCAAGGACAUCGUCGGUAGGGAUGCUGUCGGAGCUGUGAUUGAAGAUCUGGGUUUGAAUUGUAAGCUCAAGGAUCAGAGAUUAGGGUUCCGAGCUCCCAAGUUAACCAUCUCCGAGAAGCUAUCUCUUGGCAAGAGAAAGAUGGAAGAAGGGAAGAAGAGCACAGUAGCAGCAUCCACUACCUAUACAUCACCAGGUCAUUUAACUCCGGCAAGUAAUGUUUCUAUGGGACAUCAGUGGGUUAAUAAUAACGAAAUGAAGGUAUCCGGUAGUGCUGUUAAUGCAAGUGGAACCCAUUUCGCUAAGGAUGCAUCAGCGAUAAGACCACAGUUUAAGCCGGAUGUGCAUACUCAGGCACCAGCAGUUCCUGCUGGAAAUUAUUAUGGGAAUGCUGCACCUUGGUCUGCCCAACCUCAUCCCAGUUCCUCCACCAUAUCAUUUGGAACUCCAUCAGAGAGCAAAGUUCAUGUUCCGAGUUCUUCAAGAGUCACAGAUCCGAGCUUUAGACCAUUCAUGCCUCAAACUCAGCCAGGUGCAUUCCCAGGGAUGAAAGGAGUGACUUAUGGUCAGACCUCUGCACCUUUUGGAAACAACCACCAUGCUGAAAUCGCUAAGAUUGUCCACAAGGUUCUGCAACCGCGGGCGAAACAGAAUCUCUUGUGGAAUCCACCUUCAAGAGAGUAUAUGAGCAAAGCAAUGGCAUGCCAGAUGUGCCAAGGAACCAUUAACGAAGUAGAGACACUGCUGAUUUGUGAUGCCUGUGAAAAGGGAUAUCACUUGAAAUGUCUACAAGCUAACAAUAUAAAAGGUGUUCCUAAAUCUGAAUGGCAUUGCUCAAGAUGUGUGCAGUUGUACAGCGGCAAGUCUUUUCCUCCUAAAUAUGGUCGUGUAAUGAGAAGCGCCACUACAGCGAAAAUGUCUUCUAGUACAGGUGAAGUUCAGUCACCCGCGGAGAAGGUGGUUGGUAAAAUCAACCUAAAGGUUAAUAAAGAGGCAAUGCCACGUCCUGAGACAGCAAAACCAACUGUAGUUUCAGCUACGGAUCGAACAGUUGAAGCUGAAGGUGCAACAGCUGUAAGUCAAACAGUUAAAGCUGAAAAUGCAGCAGCUGUAAGUCAAACGGUUGAAGCUGAAGAUGCAGCAGCUAUAAGUGAAAGGGUUGAAGCUGAAGAUGCAGCACCUGUAAGUCAAACGGUUGAAGCUGAAGAUGCAGCGGCUAUAAGUGAAAGGGUUGAAGCUGAAGAUGCAGCACCUGUAAGCCAAACGGUUGAAGCUGAAGUUGCAGCGGCUAUAAGUGAAAGGGUUGAAGCUGAAGAUGCAUCUAUGAAUCAAGGAGUUGAUACUAAUGAUGAAUCACAAGGUUCUGUAGGAAACGAAGUUGAGGGUGAUGAUCCUUCAGAACAGGUACCUCAAUCAGAGACUCCUACUAAUCCUCCAAAACAAGAGAACAAAGAAGAUCCAAGCAAAGAUGUUACUGAAGGAUCCGUUUCAGCCAGUGGCCAAGAUAAAGACCUGAAGAUCACCGUGGAACCAUCAUCACAAGAGGAGAAUUCAGCAUCUCAACCAGACAACUCACCAUCCCAGCCUCCUUUGCAGCCCAACACAGAUCAUUCCCAACAAGAGAACACAACACCGAAUGUCGAAGAGGCUUUACAGAAUGUCACAGAAAAUCCAGAGGAAAACUGAAGCUGUGAAUGGUUGAGACAAAAGUUUCAAAGAUGAGCAUCCACUCUGUCCAGGUAGCCUCUUUGUUCUUCUAGUGUAUUAUUGUAAGUUAUCAUAAGUGCUGAUGUCUUUAAUCUACCUUUAGGGUUGAUUACUAGAUCUUUGUUCCAUGUUGUUUCAAACUUUCUGAGCUAAACUAGUUAUUGAAUUAGGUAUAAUUUUGUAAUUUAGCUUGAACAUUUUUUAUAAGUACUUUAUUUUAGUUUGAACCUACAAUAA